UUUUUUCAAAUAAUUUUAAAAAAUCUUACAGACCUCUGGUGUAUAAAUGGUAGAGUAGUUGAAACACUGUGUUGUUACUCCCUUUGGUUGGCAUAAAUCUUCUAAACCUCAUUUUGUUUCCUACACUGUUUUUAUUUAUGAUCUUUUGCAGUGAGGAAAACUUCAGUAACUACACCCUGAUCCCUGUGGAUGAGGAGUUUUCACGUGGCCGUGGUCUCGACAUCGGCGCUCACGCGUGGGAGAAAGGGGGUGAUGUGUUGAUGUUCUUCUGUGAUGUUGACAUCUACUUCACACUGGAAUUUCUUGGCACCUGUCGCCUCAAUACAGCUCCAGGAAAACGAGUUUUCUAUCCAGUAGUUUUCAGUUUGUACAAUCCAACUAUAGUUUAUGGAAAUCUUGAGUUUCCGCCUCCCGUUGAGAAUCAGCUGAUUCAUAAAAAAGAUGCCGGAUUCUGGAGGGAUUUUGGAUUUGGCAUGACUUGUCAGUAUCGCUCUGACUUCCUCAGCAUUGGGGGAUUUGAUCUGGAAGUGAAAGGCUGGGGUGUAGAAGAUGUGCACUUGUACAGGAAGUACCUACGGAGUGAUCAGAUUGUGAUCCGCACUCCUGUAUCAGGCCUCUUCCACCUGUGGCAUGAGAAGCAGUGUGCAGAUGAACUGACCCCAGAACAGUACCGCAUGUGCAUCCAGUCCAAGGCCAUGAAUGAGGCGUCACACUCUCACCUGGGCAUGCUGGUGUUCAGGGAGGAGAUUGAGACUCACCUUCGAAAGCAGGCCUACAAAACCCAGAGCAGACCAGCAGAAUAAAUCAACAAUACAGAGCGCAACGUUGUUGAUAACAGCAAUGAAGAAAUAGGUCAAAAAGACAUUUUUGGUAUUAAGUCAACUCUAAAUAAUCAUCCAUGGAUUACUGAAGACCUUAUGACAGCAAAAAAGACUGUGUAGUGGGAGAAUGGUACUGAUAGGUACUAUGUAAACUGUUUACAUCAAUGAGACUUUAUUCUACAUUCUGCAAUAGUUUGCUUUAAUGCCAAUUUAAAUUUUAGGUGUUCUGCACUAGAAGGACUUUUUGGAUUUAUUAACUACAUGCAUAAUGCAUAAUGACCAGUCCCAUUGGGGAAAUUAGUUCAUGAAGAUUAGUUGAAAUGCAGAGAAAUUGGUAGGGCCUCAUUCAUGAAAGAGAGUUUGUGCAAACUAUUUGUAAAUGUGUUAAGUUGUCUUAAUGAAUUGAAUGCAACAGAUUGCAUAAAGACUUUUACAAAUGAUUUACACGGAAAUUAUUAAUAAUGGCCAUUGAGGAAGCAUGUCUUUAUUUUUUAUUUUGCAAAUAAUUGGCAGAGCCAUACGUUACAUUUUUAUAUCAUUUCUAUUGAAAAUGUAUGCGCUGUGACAAAAAUGGAGAUCCGUUGCUAAAAGUGACAAUCAUCCACAGAUGGAUGUGGUUAAACUUGCCAUGCUGGAUUUGUACUGUAGGCAAUGUCUCUGUUGGAAUAGUAUUCAGAUUUUAGGAAAGGUCUUCCACGGGUUUGGACCCGAUAUGCAUUUUGAUGUAUGUCAAACUUUUACUUUGCACCAUGUGUGAGGACACUGGUCAGUGCCAUAGCGCUAACAGUCAGGGGUUUAAGUUGCAGGCUCUGAUAUUUCAAGACAUUGGCCUUUGCAAUCACUUUGAAAUGAAUCUGUGGAAGUAGUGAGAAAAAAAAAAAAA